AUGGCGCUGAGAAGCAGCCAGAAGAAAGGCGCUGAGGAAGCAGCCUCAAAGUUGUUGCUUGGCAUCUUGCCUUUUGCCCAGCUAGCGGCUGGUGAGUUGAAUGUGUGCCCACCACUGUGUGUGUCCAAGCUUCAAAGGUUCAUAUCAUCCAUUGCCCAUUGCUGUCCCCCGUGCCAUUUGAUCAUGGCCAGUGUUUGGAUGGGCGAUGCUGCGAGUGACUCUGACCAGAUGGAGGAAGAGUGGGACGAGUCCACGGCCACCGUCAUUGUAGAACCCCCAAAGAGCAGUACCGCUGCACCUCCAAAGAGCAGUGACGCUGCACCUCCAAAGAGUACGACUGCUGCAUCUGGCCCAAGUCAUGUGGCAUCAGCUUCAAGUGCGCCGGAGGAUGAAGGACAGCAGAACUCGAAGUCCCCUACAUGCUGGAUCAAGGCUGCAGCUGCUAGAUCUGCUGGCAAAGCCAAAGCAAAGGCAGAAACUCUGGCGAAGCCCAAGGGUGUUGCCCACCGCAUCCUGAGCAAACAGGCUCGCGACUCGGUGUCAAAGCCACGGUCGGCAGACAAGACGAAGCGGGCGGCGCGGGGUUCGGCGCAGACCUUUGCAGGACGCAGGCCCCCUAAAGAUCCACAAUUGUGCGAAGCUUUCCACACCAUCAGGCAGGGCUUCUACGACGAAAAGAGCAAGCGCAAGGCGGAGAAGCGCACCAUGAGUGUGGGCCAGGAGCUCUUUCUCCUGAAGAUGAAGGACUUCAUGGAGAAGGACAAGUCUACGGAUUCAACACAGGUGAAGUUUCAGAAAGCCAUUGCUGCGUGGAGGGCAGAGGGUACUUUGUGA